AUGUUUAACAUUUUUAUUUCGUUAAUGACAGCAAUUGAAAUAAUGUUACACAGUGUCAGGCGCAAUGACCAAUGUGAGUACGUUGAAAUGUUUUAUGAAUUCAAGGAUGAAGAUAGCACCUUACGGUAUGAUGUUCCUGUGGAUAUUACAUUAAAGGAAUCUAAAACACCUAAAAGCAGAAAUGUAUACGAGGCAAUUAGAUUCAGUACACCAAUUAUAUUUAAUAUGAAACAUAACAAGCUGUGUAAUGAAGAUUUUCCAAAAAGAGGCUACUAUUAUUGGAUUGAAGUCAAAGGGGUGAGUAAGAGCACUGUAACAGGUGCUUGUACGAAAUUCGUUCAAUGCUCAAACACCUUAUUAGCCGAGGAUGUCACUUUGGUAGCUGCAGAUUGA